CAAGCCAAGGGGAAGGGCGAGUCUCGUCGUUGUGUCAAAGGUCUCUCCAUUCGCACCGUUCGCACCGUGCAAGAUGGACUGCCUGUUGUCGGGAGAACACGAUCUGGAGAAAUGCUUUGCUGAGGCUGUCAAGGUUGGCGAGCUUCCCGCUUCUGGCUGGCCUCGUUUUGACUUCGUCCUCCGACGCGGCAACGGCACGACUCUCUGUUCCGAUCACGAGCGCUCGCCUGGUUUCUUUCUUUUCCUGCGCAAGGACCUCCUCGCCGCCACGCCGAUGUCGCGAGCAGACUACCAAUGGAUCGAGGCGAAAGCCGGGCAGACGGGCUGGCUCUUCAAGGCGGCGCGGAAGGCUCUGGUCGAAGGAAUCCACCCACGCUCGCCCUGCGAAUACUCGUUCGAGCCGGAGGCACGCUGGGUCGAGAUGGCGUGGCUGUUCCGCGGCGGGGGCAAGGGCAGCAAGACGGCCGAGGAGGUUCGCAGUGUGCGCGUGAACAGCCCGACCGCCGCCGGGCGGCCUCCCCUCGACUGGGCCGUGCUCAACCGGCAGGCCUUGGCGGCACGGCGCAAGCGGCUCGCCUUGCCUGCGCUGCAGCUUCAGAAGAAGGUGUCCUUCCAGGGCUCGGAGGAGGUCAUCGGCGCUCUGGACGACAUGCUGGCGGCCAAGGCGAAGGCCGAGUCGCCAAAGGCGUCGAUGGAUCUGACCGAUUUCAUGCUCACCGGGUGAUCGCGGGUGUGAUCGACCUAGACUACCGGCGGGUCGCAACGCGAGCGCGGGCGAAAGUACACGCAGGCGGACGCGAGUCCUUUCUCCGUUUCGCGCGGGUCGACUCAGGCAUUGCUGCAUGAUCCUACGUGUUUGGAGAGAAUCGAGUUUCGAGGGUCUCACGGUGCUCCCCCACAGGCAUGACAUGAGAGACCCUCCGCUCCUCCUCCUGAGAUGUGUUCGUUAGUUAGGGCUUAGUGGCCCCUGAAGAGAGUUUGUUUGUUUGGCCCCUGUGUUUAGUCUAUACGCGGUGUGUGUGAGUUGGAGAGUUCUUUGCUCGCCCUCUGAAGAGAAUCGGCGACUC